CAGCGGGCGGGCGGUAUCAUGGUAAAAAUGUUCCCUAGUUGAUGUGCGCCUGAUUUUUUUUCUUCAUCACAGCGAACAACAAUUAAACCAUGUGACAUGAGAAUGAUCUGCAGAUUCAUCGACGCAUCAAAGGAAAAGUAAUCAAACUACGUACAAAGUUCCACUUUUUCUGAUAUUAUUUUUGAAGACUUCUGCAGAUUGUAGCUCGCUGCUUGGUCCACUUCUACUGACGCGUGGUCAACCACACGAUUUCUCAUUGCGCACCACACCACCUGACGCGAUUUUUAAUAACUCAUAUUCACCACGACCUCCAUUUAGCUAUCGAAUCGUAUCGCAAAUUUUGUACUACACGCACCAAGCUGCAUUCAAAAUGACCGAAUCGCCUGCGACAUCGCCUCCUGCUCCCGCGGAACAACAGACCGAAGAGCAGAAGCGCGCGAUUGAGCAGUCGUUGCAGGAAAAGAAGGAUCUGAGUUACUACCACGCGCACAACCGGCCGCGGGAGGACUUGUCCCAAGCGAAAAAGUUGGAGGGGAAGAACCUGUGUAAUCCGGACGGCAUAUCCUGUGUAAGAACGUCACCACCCUCCCAGAGCUGUCAUGCAAAUGUGCAUGCCAAAAAAAUUUCUGUUGCGGAGCCCCAUGAGAAGCAUUUGCUAGUCGUGUUUUGGAAUUUGUGAUGCUAUAAUCAGCAACAUAUGGUAGAUCUGUGAUGCUGCUGAACUACCUAAACAGCAUUACAAUACGAAGACAAAUUUGUCAUGCGAAACAACCAAAGCUAGCCGAUUUGUCUAGCGGUUUCCCCAUCUUGACUCUGGUGUGGGGACGUUUUUCCUCAGGAUACGGCAACCCGGAAAAAUUGGAUGAGAAGGACGAGCGGUAUUUUCCGAGACUAGCCGCCGCGAGGGACGAGAGCGAGCCGGUAAGAAGGAUAAAAAAAGUGGAAAAAUACAUGUUUGAAGACGGGAAUAAGAACGUGAAACUCCACGUAGACUUCGAGGAUCCGGAGAUCCUGAAGCAGGGGACUGUGACGGUACAAGACUUUUAUAAAUGAAGUCGAGCUCUUUGUGUAUUUGUAGUUUCUCUUCCACUCGCUAUAUCGAUUCGGGAUAUCUAUGCUUUCCGUUGCUCUAUGUCUAGGUGGUGCCAUCGUGUAUCAUCUGCCACGGUGUGACAGCCUUCCAUAGUGUCCGCACGGAAGACCAUGGUGAAUGACAUUAAUACUCUGCAUGCUGUCCGAGUUGAUCUUGAUAUUUACAGGCUAUGUGAAGGAUAAGGAACAACCCUAUGAAUUUUUUCUGCACAGCACUCAAAUAAAAAACCGACCUACUUCUAAAGGUAACCUACCAAGAAGACGGGCUUGGAAUGGAGCUCAACGUGCUGGUGGAAGCGCAGAACACGAUCUACCGCUUUCUCGUCCGGGAUCAGCCAUUCCACGCGAAGAUCCUUCCGGACAAAAACAGCUACAAAGUUUCCAGCGACAAGUGCAGACUGGUGUUCAAAUUAAUAAAGGAAAAUGACCAGGAACCGUGGCCACAGCUGUUGGAGAAAAAGAUGAAUAAGCACACUGGCUGGGGACAGUGAAGUAGAGGCAGGCUGCAAUUGUUUUUUGCCUUAGCUUCAUCGAUAUGCUGUGUCUGCAAUAACCAUGAUGUUUUGAUGUGCGGGUGCUCGUCCUGAAUAAAAUACUAAAACUGCAGCAAGAAGAACGCGGCCAAUUCCCGACGCUAUGAAGGCCGGACGACACGACCUCCUAAAGCCUGGAAGUCACUGAUGAAGAACUGUUGAAAGUAAACCAAAAUCUGUCACUUAAAGAUUUUGGUUCUUCAAAAAACAUCUCACGACGAAU